AUGGAGGAAGGCAAUGGAUUAAGCUCAAACUCAUGGCCUAUUUUUCAAUUAGAUGUGAAAUCAUCAUUUCUACAUGGUGAUUUGAAAGAGCAAGUGUUUGUUGAUCAACCUUCUGGAUAUGUGAAGAAAGGGAAUGAACACAAGGUUUGUGAUAAAAAUAAGAUUGUUAUUGUUAGCUUAUACGUUGAUGAUCUUAUUUUUACUGGGAGUGAUGUUGCCAUGUUUAACAAGUUCAAAGAGUCUAUGAUGAUUGAAUUUGAUAUGACUGAUCUUGGCAUGCUUCAUUAUUUUUUGGGCAUUGAAAUAGUGCAAUCUACUGCUGGAAUUUUUAUUUCUCAGAAGAAAUAUAUGCAAGAUAUUUUAAAUAGGUUUCAGAUGCAGAAUUGCAACUCUGUUUGCAUUCCUACUGAAGUAGGAAUGAAACUUAUUAAAGAUCAUGAAGGGAGGAAGGUUGACAACACUAUCUACAAGCAAAUGGUGGGAAGUCUAAUGUAUUUGACUGCCACAAGACCAAACAUUAUGCAUGUUGUAAGUCUCAUUAGCAGGUUCAUGGAAUGCCCAAAGGAAAUUCAUCUUUUAGCUGCAAAAAGAAUACUUCGAUAUUUGAAAGGCACUGCUAGUUAUGGCUUGCUCUAUAAAAAGGGUGGAAAAACAAAUUUGUUUGGCUUUACUGACAGUGAUUAUGCCGGUGAUCCGGAUGAUAGAAAAAGUACUUCAGGAUAUGCAUUUAAGUUGGGCUCAGGGGCCGUUUCAUGGUUAUCAAAGAAACAACCAAUUGUCACUUUAUCUACAAUUGAAGCAGAGUUUGCGGCUGCAACAAGAUGUGCUUGUCAAUCUUUUUAG